AUGCCAGAGCAUAACAUCUUCCUUGGACAUUUGCUCGCCAUGAAGCCCUACAUCGAUGAUCUGCCGAGUGAUGCCCACCCUGUCUACUUCUUCGGAGGCAUGAUCAAAGACAAGUUUCCUGGCGGAGUCUAUUACCUCGAUAUGUGGCCAUUUUUUGGUCCUAUGCUCGUGUGCGCUUCUCUCAAUGCAACCGUGGAAGCUACUCAGAAGACGGCAAUUGCUCCUAGGAAGCCAGACUUCUUGGACAGAUGGUUCCUGACCAUUGCUGGUGGACCGAAUCUCUUCACGAUGGAGGAAACACAAUGGAGAUCUUGGCGAAGCAUCUUCAAUCCCGGUUUCAGUCAGGCACAUAUCUUCAAACUGGUUCCUACGAUUGUCCAUGAAGCGCUUGUAUACCGAAAGCUAUUACUUGAGAUUGCUGAGAAGGGAGAGAUGGUUCGUCUUGAUGAAGAGACUUUGUGGUUUACAAUGGACAUGAUCGGAUCCUUGGUUCUGUAUGAUAGUCUGAACUCCAAGAAGACCCAAAACCCACUGGCAGUCGCAAUGCUUAGCCAAGUCGAAUGGCACUUGGGAGAUGCCGAGCUCAACCCCUUUGUCCGAUACUAUCCUGUUCGUCUCUAUCAUCAAUGGUUGAACUCCCGCCGCAUGAACGCCUAUAUCGGCAAAGAACUCGACAUGCGAUACGCCGCAUACAAAAACAGCCUUGAACACGGGGACGCAGGAGACAGCAAAUCGGUCAUUAGCCUAGUUUUAGACGGAUACCUGAAACAGAACGGAGGUGUCGAGAAUCUGCCACCAUCGUUGGACAAGACAUUCAAAUCAUACGCCACAUACCAGAUCCGAACAUUCCUAUUUGCGGGCCACGAUACCACAAGUAGCAGUCUGUGCCACGCAUACUACCUCCUGAACAAGAACCCUGAAGCCCUCAAGAAACUCCGGGAAGAACACGACGCGGUUCUCGGAAAAGACCCAGCUGCAGCCGAGGAACUCAUAAGCAAUAAUCCAAAUACCCUCAACCAAUUGGUGUACACCAAUGGGGUCAUCAAAGAGGCUAUGCGUUUGUUUCCACCUGCAGCAGGAGCUCGUCAAGGAGUUGAUGGUGUUGAUAUCGUUGACGACAACGGAGUCAGAUUCCCUACAAACAAUGCAUUGAUCUGGAUUCUUCACAGCUCCAUCCAACGCAACCCCAAAUACUGGCCCAAGCCCGACGAAUUCAUACCCGAACGCUGGAUGGUCGAAGCAGACGAUCCCCUGUUUCCUACCAAAUGGGCAUGGAGACCUUUUGAAUUCGGACCCCGAAACUGCAUUGGUCAAGGCCUAGUGAUGAACGAGCUGAAAGUCAUUCUUGCCUUGACUGCUAGAGAAUUCGAUAUCAAAGACGCAUAUGAGGAGUUCGAUAGGUUUCAUCCAAGAAAGGGGUUGGUCACAGUUGAUGGAGAAAGAGCAUAUCAGAUUGAGAAGGCGGGUGCUCAUCCUGCUGAUCAUUUGCCUUGCCGUGUUACUUUGCGGAAAUAA